UGCUCAUGCAUCAAAACACUGGCUGUGCAGUCGUGAAACCGCCCUGCCCUGCUACAACUACACCUUAGCACAGACUUAUCUCCUCUGCGAGGACACGGGCGCAAUUUUAAUCAUAAACCUGACCUCACAAAUCCGUUUGUAGUUCUGUGAUGUGGGGCGUGCGUGCCACACAUACUACUAAUCCCUGGAUCCCCAGAGAAGGACCAUGAUUUCUGGGACGGUGUUGCCAGGGGGAAGGUGGCGCCUGGGACCUGUUGGAAAUGACAGCUGAAGAAGGCGGAUUGAAGCACAGGGAUCACAAUAACAGUGAACGUAGAAGAUAGCGAAGAAAACUCCCUCGCGUCACUGUGUAAAGGGGUUGUCAAGAUGGAUUCCCUGAUAAGUGCAGUGGCGCCGCGUUCCCCAGCCCCUGCAAAAAAGCUGUCGGAGGUGGACUUCCGGUCGGGGGCCACCCUGGAGCAGUUGUCAUCCCAGGUGUCUGAGCUGGUAGUGCUGGAACAGGGAGAGUUCGGAGACCAGACGGCCUUAGAGGUCCACACCGCCAAGGACUUCAUCUUCAACAUGCUAGGUUUAGUCCAGAAGGUAGACCAGCGCCUCCCUGUGGCCAACGAGUACCUGCUGCUGUCAGGUGGGGCACGGGAGGGAGUCUUGGACCUGAACCCCGAAGACCUUGGGGACUACGCCAAAGGGGCAGACUUUGACCUGGACUUCACCCUGCUUGUACCUGCCCUCAAGCUCCACGACCGCAACCAGCCCGUCACCUUGGACAUGAGGCACUCCCCGCCCUGCCACUCAUGGCUCAGCCUUCGCCUCUGCGACUCCAAUGUCUUGUCCCGCUGGAGCAUCUGCUGCCAGGAGGAGAAUGGGCUUCCUGCUGAGGAAGAUGAGGAGGAAGAGGGAGAAAUAAGUAAAGGCUCUAUCCCCUCCCUGGACUCUCCUCAGUCUCUGGACGGAUGCUACUUCUCUCCCUCCCUGGUGACAGACUGGUUCUGGGGGGUGGUGAGCGAGGCUGUGGAGGAGCUGAGGCGCAGCCCCCAGAGAGGCAUUCCCACCCCAGAUCGACUGGAGAGGAAUGGACCCCUCACCACUAUCAUCCUCCAGGCAGGCUCGAGCCGGGUGCUGUAUGACCUGCUGCCUGUGGUGUCGUUUCGGGGCUGGCCUGCUGUGGCCCAAGGCUGGCUGACCGCCAACCACUUCUGGGAUGGUAAAAUCACAGAGGAGGAAGCUAUAUCUGGUUUCUAUCUGCUGCCCUGCUGCUCCCCGCUGGGCGGUCGCCCCGACAGGGAGUGGAGGCUGGCAUUCUCACGCAGCGAGGUUCAGUUGAAGAAGUGCAUCCCUUACCCCAUGGCUCAGGCUUUCCAAGCAGCCAAAGCCGUGUUGUCUCGUAUCCUGGCACGUCCACGCACAGGCCUCAGCCUCUAUCAUCUGCGUACCCUUCUCUUCUGGGCCUGUGACCGACUCCCCGCCGCCUAUUUGUCCUGCCCUGAUGCAGACACUCCAGGCCGCCUCCUCCUGGGUCUCUUAGAUGACCUGGCACAUUGCAUCCUGGGUAAAAACUGCCCAAACUAUUUCCUGCCCCAGUGCAACAUGUUGGAGCACCUGACAGACAGCCAGGCGCUGCUCGUCGCCAGGAAGCUGGCCCAUGUGCGCUCGGAUCCCAGCGAGCACCUCCGGGCGGCUCUGGACCAAGCCCAGCAGGCGGGCCAGCUGAAGAAGGAACUCACAGCUAGCACCAACGGCCACGGCUCCCCUGGCCACCACCCAGCCAAUGGCAUCAUCUCCCCUUCGGAGGACAAGCUGGCGCAGCGACUGCAGCAGCUGGUCACGGAGAACCCUGGGAAAUCCAUAUCGGUCUUCCUCAACCCUGAUGAUGUCACCAGGCCACACUUCCGCAUCGAUGACAAGUUCUACUGAUGCAGACACGCUGCAGAGAAGACGUGUGGAAAUGUGUGUGUUUAGCUUACGAACACACUCUAAAAAUGCUCUGAGACGUCACAUCAGAGGAGACGGAGACUAAAAACCAGGCAGGUGUUUUCCUUUAGAACCCUGCGGGCCUGGAACUGAACACACUCCUGCUGUUCACCAUCCUGAGGCUGAACAAUGAAACAAAGCCUUGCUGCUUGACCGACUCUUUAAACCAAAAACACACAUGUCCUACUACUGACAAAUAUAGCGGACGUCGCACAACAGACAUGAUGUCACCGAGCUGUUGCCACGGAGACGGCCCUCUCCUAACGAGCUGGCCUUAAUGAGACUUAUCAGCUGGUGCUACAAAGACAAGGGCCGGCUUUAGUUGUGUGAAAUAAGUCCAGUGGAGCUCAACACUGAGUAUGUGUGUGUGUGUAUGUGUGUAUAUGUACGCCUAAGGGUUUUCACAUAUUACUAACACUUCUAAAGACAGAGGGAGAAAAGCUCCUUGAUCGCUGCAUUUCUCUCCGUUUUAUUUUAGAUCAGAGUGGGUGAUGGCUGAAUUAGAAAGGAAAAAUAAGGUGUGGCUGAUGUAACUGAAUGUAAUGUUGUGAGGAGAACUGCCGAGUCUUUGAACAAAGAGUCUCUUUUCUCUGUCAACUACAUUUUAGCCCUCUUGUUUGACCCCCAUGCCUCGAUUUAUGGCAUCUAUUUCAUUUAAAAAAAUCUUUCUCAGGUAUUCAUAAUACUUUAAUAAUUCAUAAUACCUUUUUUUAUGUAUAUUAUUCCUUGUUAGGUCUUAAACUAUAUUUCAAUGCCGCUUACAUUUCAUUGGGUAAUGGAAUGUACCAAAGAGCUGUGUUUUUCAAAGAGAAACAUGCGUCUUAGGCAUCCCUUAGCAUCUGCUCUUGAUCAAACCUGAGUUAUGGUCAGAAUGUUAAUAUACCUUUUCUCCUACUGAAGCCCUGGUCACACCAGAAUAAAAAACAGCCACAUUUUGCAGCAAAUUCAAUGGAAUAGGAGCGAUAGCAGAGGUUGCAUUAACCAACUAUUUUCCAUUAUUAACUGAUUUUUUUUUAUCAGUGAUGGAAAAAUCCGAAGUCCCUCCAUCAUUUUGACAUAUUCAAACACUGAGGGCAAUCUACAAUAACUUCAAGUCAUUCACACCCCUCACCAGUUGGUGGCGUGUGCAUAUUAAUCAGCUAUCUCGCCUUUGAUCUCAUGUUCAUGACCUUGUUGUCUAGCUGGCUUUAGCCAAAGAGGUUACCUCUUUGCUUUAGCCAUCACAUUGGUUGGCGAUAUUACUACAUAUCACUGCAAAAUGACACAGCAGUUCAUUUUGUUUCUUUAAAAACUCUUUAAAAUAAUUGUGAUGACGUUGAUGAAUGAGGUGAAAAAGUAGGGCUGGUCAGUUCACCCAAGCCCCGAGAACAGCAUCAGGCUUUAAAACCAAUUUUACAUAGUGGCCAAACGUGGAAUUACAACUUCCGGCUCUGUCACGUGAUGCCAUUUGACCCAAAAAUACUUCUUCCCAUAGACUAACAUUGUGAAAGAGAUUUCUGUAAGUCAGUGGAAACAUUUCUUUGAGUGUCAAAACCCACUAUCGCGAUUUGAUCCAUUCAGUCCGAUAAUAUAUCCAAAUUCUAGAGAAGUCGCAUGAUUAAAUUGUUUUAUCCAUAUUUAAGUUAGCAGAAAGCUAAACCUGAAGUUAGCUGCUUGGCUGGUGUACGUUUCUAGUGUGCCUUCUCUGUGGGCCCAAAGAUGUGGAAGGUCCGAGCAAUUUUGAAGCCACGGAAAUCAAGGUUUUUUUGGCAUCAUGCGCAGCUGAGCUGGUUACAGCCUCCAACAGUGUAUCCAGCUUUCUUUAUAUGCCAGUGAGAACAAGCUGGUUAGCACGAGCUGACACAGCAGUGGCUAACAUCAAACACAGAACUGUCAAACGGCCUCAAACUCGACACCGAAAAGGCUCAACUCUAAUUAAAUCCGUUGAUAACCGUUAGGUAACGUUAGCCGCGUGUUGCUAAUACUUAGCCCUGUCACUGUAUCAGUGUGGGCAGACUCUCACAAACUGUCCCUGGCGCAGAGUCACCAGACCCUGUCUGUAUAAAAUGAUGGCCAACAAAUAAGUCUAAUGCAACCUCUGAAGCGUGGUUGUACUUUGCAUACAGACGUGGGUUAAUUUUGUUGUGCUGCUUUCUGGUGCGACCAGGCCUCAGAAAAAGGUUAAGACUGAAAAGGUUUGAGAUGUUAAAUAUGUUAUAAACUGGUUAAUUCUAUUAUAAUACUGUGUUUUUCUUGUAUUGUACUAAGAUAUGAGUUGUUACAUUUGAGAUAUUCUUGGAGCUUGUUCAAGUUCUUGAGUCUACUACCUGAGCAGACAUUUUGGUCUUUGGUGUUUGGAGUGUUAAGCUAGGCCCUUUAUAAGGGAUUUAGAAUAUAUAACCCUAAGUAUGGAGAUACAAGGAUUAAGAUUAUCAGGAGUGUAUUGAUCACGUAAAAAUGGAUUGGAUUAAAAAAAGACAGGUACAGAAUAGCUGUAGAGUCAGGACUUCGGCUAUUUAUCUACCACAGUCACGACUGCGUCAAGGUACUUAACUGUCAAAGUAUCCCACAAAGGGCCCAGCACAUCUUGUUGCACAUCAUGUAAGCGUGUCUAUUAACUUUUCUCUGCAGAAACUCUCAGUUUUGUGUGUGUCUCAUUCGAUUUUUUGGAAACUAGUUCUGACUUGAGUGAUUCUGAUAAUUGUCCCCCUGUCUCCUCUGCUUGGUUGGUCUUUUUUAAUGAGCUAUGUGUGUGUAUAUGUGUGUUCACCGAGAGAGGAGCCGCGCAGCAGGACACAGACAGACACCCAGAUGCUGCCCAUUGAAUUAUACCCUCAGUGGGUGUGUGUUAGUCGCUGGGCCCUAUCGUUCCUCACCAGACGGGAGUCAUCCACAGGGGGAUGGAGAGAGGAUGGAUGGAGGGAGGGAGACGGGUGCUGCUCUGGUCCUUUGAAGAGGAGAGAUGGGCCUUGCGGGGCCUGGACAACUGCCUCUUUCCGUUGCCGUUUUUCUCUGCCUAUUUCUGUUUUUUCCUCUUUCAUUUUCUUUCACUCUUCCGGCUGUAAUGUUCCUAUUUAUUCCUCCCUCCUCCCAUCCAGAUUCCUCCUCAGAGGUUUGGCAUCUUUCUGUCUUUUAGCACUGGAGGUCCAGAGCAACAAAAAGCCCCUCCAACCUGGUACUACUCCAACCUUAUGUUUACACUCUUCACACUGAUUUGAUUAGGAGCUGUGCAGCCUGCAAAUGCUUUAGUGGAGACAACAAGUAACCAGACAAGCAUUAAUGUUGUCACUUGCAUUAGUUUUGUGGCUCUUACUUGUUUUACCUUAAUGGAUUUGAGGCGGAAAGUUGGCUGAACGCUAACUGCAAACAAACUGAUGGGUAAACUUUGACGUGAUGGGGUUUACCAAGCACUAAACUGCUGCUUCCAGUGUUGCUGCAUAGGCAGGGUUUAAACGCUAAAAAGCACAUGAUUGGUUAAGUUUACAUAAAUAUCAAGGUGGUGGUGGUUAGUUGUGAUAGUUAAGCUGCAGAUGGAUUGUUUUUCCUUCAGACAUUUCUGAGUUACAUAUCACAACAUCUGGGUCUAUAAAUUUCAUGUGCUUACUACUGAAUGUUUUUUCGUCGCAGCAUCUGUCUGUAAUGGUGUGUGUGUGUGCGACUGUGUGUAUGAACCUGAGGAAACCAAAGCGUGUUGUUGGAGUGGUGCAGAAUGUCUAAGCAGGGUGUGUAUUCAGCUUGCCAGGUGUAUUUUCAGCACUUUUUUUUAAAGACGGGCUCAAAUGUGGUUACCCAAAUUGUACAAGUUUUGAAUAGUCAUAAAGCAAAUUUAUUUAUUGGAAAACAUAGUUGAUGUAAAGAUACUUUCUCAUCGCCUCUGUAAUGUUUGAGUUGUUGAAAGUGUAAAAAAAUGUGUGUCUCACUUUGUACCUUAAUGGGCCUAGUUAGAGAUUACUAGACACUGGAAACAAUCAAUGUUUUUUCCUGAAUUGUACACGUGAAUAUCAAAUCCUGUAUUUUAAGAUAGUGUCAGUUUCUAGAUAUGCAAUCAAGCCCUCUAUGGAAAGGUCUACUCUAAUUCUAAGGUUAACUGUCGUUGUGAUUCACUAUCUGCUGUCCAGGGAUUGCAUGAAACACGGAUGACACUCCCAAACCUCGGUCUCUGCUCCGUGCUACUCUAUUUAUAAUCAUUACUGGGUUUUUUUGUGCUGAAACUUCUGAUGAUUCUGUUUAAGAUUCAGUCGGCUUCUGCGGAUAAAUAACUGACUAAAUACGAUGAAUGUAUCCACUGUAUCUCUCUAAUCUGUUCCCCACUCGAGGACACAUCAAAUCUAAUUUCUCACCGUUAUCUGCACAGAUGUACUCCGGCCUGUAGUCAAGUGCUAAGAUAAGAAUCUGUACCAAAUCACUCCACAGUUUGAGAAAUUGAAUUUCAUAUCUCUUUUAUUACUUGAGCUCUUUCUUUUUUUAAGUAAGUGCAAAUUAUUUUCUCUGUAUCAUGGCUGAUUUGCUGUAUUUAUUACUGUUAUUUUCUGGGGGUUUAUAUUGAUCAGUCUUCAAGCUUUAGCAUGAAAUAAAUCACUACAUUUCAAAUCACAUUGUGUGGCAAUACAUUUGUCAUAUGUGCUUUAGUUUUAUUUAUCUCACUGUUUUAAGGAGACGGGGUGAUUAAAAGAAAACUACUCAUCCUCUGUGAA